GCGACAGAUAUAAGGUUGAGUGGGUUUUACCUGACGCUGAUUCCCAGCCGUUUGGCUCCUCAGAAUUUAGGGUGGCUUAUGGGGGUUUUCGAGUAGUUCCCGAUCGGCGGGCAGCAGCGACCCGGCAAGAGUCCUUCGCUCCUGGGUGGCCCACGCCCAGCUCUGUGUCUGUCGCUAAGAUGAGCACCCGCCCUUAUUUUGACCCUGAACGUCGAGUCCGGAGCACGUUGAAGAAGGUCUUUGGGUUUGACUCUUUUAAGACACCUUUACAGGAGAGUGCGACCAUGGCCGUAGUGAAAGGUGACAAGGAUGUCUUUGUGUGCAUGCCCACAGGGGCAGGAAAAUCCCUUUGCUAUCAGCUCCCUGCUCUGUUGGCCAAAGGCAUCACUAUCGUAAUCUCUCCACUCAUUGCUUUGAUUCAGGACCAGGUGGACCACUUGCUGACCCUGAAGGUACGAGUGAGUUCCCUGAACUCCAAGCUCUCGGCACAGGAGAAAAAGGAGCUGCUCUCUGAUCUAGAACAAGAAAAGCCACAGACCAAACUUCUGUACAUCACGCCGGAGAUGGCGGCUUCAGCCUCCUUCCAGCCCACCCUGAACUCACUGGUGUCCCGCCGCUUGCUCUCCUACCUGGUGGUGGACGAAGCUCAUUGUGUUUCUCAGUGGGGGCACGACUUCCGUCCUGACUACUUGCGUCUGGGCACCCUCCGUUCACGCCUGGCACAUGCCCCGUGCGUGGCUCUGACUGCCACAGCCACCCCGCAAGUCCAAGAGGAUGUGUUUGCUGCCCUGCACCUGAAGCAGCCGGUUGCCACCUUCAAGACUCCCUGCUUUCGGGCCAACCUCUUCUAUGAUGUGCAGUUCAAAGAACUGCUUUCAGAUCCCUAUGGGAACCUGAGGGAUUUCUGCCUUAAGGCUCUUGGACAGAAGGCUGAUAAAGGGUUGGUAUCUGGCUGCGGCAUUGUCUACUGCAGGACCCGAGAGGCUUGUGAACAGCUGGCGACAGAGCUCAGUUACAGGGGUGUGAGUGCCAAGGCUUACCAUGCAGGGCUGAAGGCUUCCGAAAGAACGCUGGUGCAGAAUGAGUGGAUGGAGGAGAAGGUCCCGGUCAUUGUUGCAACCAUUAGUUUUGGGAUGGGAGUGGACAAAGCCAAUGUCAGGUUUGUUGCCCACUGGAAUAUUGCCAAGUCUAUGGCUGGGUACUACCAAGAGUCUGGCCGGGCAGGCAGGGACGGGAAACCUUCCUGGUGCCGUCUCUAUUACUCCAGGAAUGACCGGGACCAAGUCAGUUUCCUGAUCAGGAAGGAAGUAGCAAAACUCCAGCUAAAUGGCACAGAUCCGGAAGAUGUCCUCAAAAAUGCUUUUGCUUGCUUUGAUGAGGAAGCAGCUGGCACCAUCUGGGGCGAUUACCUGAGAGAGCUGCAGACAUCGGUGGGAGGCCAGGUCACAGGAAAAGAGAGGGAACAAAGCAUCUGAUAAAGCUGCUGUCUUGGCCUUUGAUGCCCUGGUGACCUUCUGUGAAGAACU